UCACACGUAGAUAGCGCUCAUAGCUUACAUGCAUCCAUGCUGGAAUCGAAUGGUGGAGAUUCUUCGUUAGACGGCAGUAUGAUGGAAGACCGUAUUAGAAACUUGGAAUUGGAGAACUCUCGUUUACGUGAAAGAAUAAAGGAAAUGGAGGAGUUGGAAGUAGUUAAAGGUGAAAUGGACGUUGUGAAAGGGCGCAAUCAUGAGCUGGAGAGCGAACUACGUCUUGUAAACAAAAAGAAAGUUGAUUUAGAAGCAAAAGUAGAAGAACUUGAGCGUUCAAUAGAAACUGCUGCCGCCUCUUCUUCUGGUGAUGUUACUGAAGUAAAAUUGAGGUCUGAAAAGAUGUCCAUCGAAAUUGAUCAGUGGAAGCAAAAGGCAGAGAUGUCAGAAAAACGAGCAGCAGAAGCGUUAGAUGCGCAGCUAUUGGCUCAAGGCAAGUUCACAGCUCAUUCUUUUUAUGUGAAGAAAGUUCGUUAUUAUAAUUUUUUAUGCGUUCAUUAUGAACGGUAG